AUGGAGCUAAACGUCUACAAAGCCACGCAAAAGGAUGCGGCGAAGGCGGAGUGCCAGAAAUGCAUGCAAUAUGGACACUGGACCUAUCAAUGCCGCAAUCGCCGGGUGUACCUCCAGCGGCCCACUCGGACGCAGAUUCUUAAAAACCCUCGCCUGAACCCGAAGCAGGUGUUUGCUGAUGAUGCCCCUGAGAUCCCUCUGAUAACUGACGGGGAUUGGUAUCGAGACCGCCGUCUGCUGCAGAAAAUGAAAGAAGAACAGGCAGAGAUAUACCGUGCUGCUAAAAAGGAAGUAAAGAAACGCGGCAGCAGCAGCAGCAGCAGCAGCAGCAGCAGCAGCAGCAGUAGCAGCAGCAGCAGCGACAGCGACAGCAGCAGCAGCGACAGUGACAGCGACAGCAGCAGCAGUAGCAGCAGUAGCAGCAGCAGCAGUGACAGCAGCAGCAGCAGCGACAGUGACAGCAGCACCAGUAGCAGCAGCAGCAGCAGCAGCAGCAGCAGCAGCGGCAGUAGCAGCAGCAGCAGCAGCAGCAGCAGGCGCAGCAAGCGCGCUGCUCGCUCGGCGUUGGCGAAAGUAAAGAAGCGCGAGUCUUCUCCAGCAGCAGCAGGAGGAGCAGCAACAGAAGCAGCAACAGCAGCAGCAGGAGCAGCAGAGCAGCAGCUGCUGCUGGCGGUGAAGUCGGAGCCCGUAGACCCCGAAGUGCUGCGGCAGCAGCAACUGCUGCAGAAACAGCAGCAGCAACAGGAGCAGCAGCAGCAGGGGCCUCCUCUCAAGCAGGAGCCCGAGACAUACACCCGCAAAAAACGCCGAGCGAAAGACAGCAGCAGCAGCAGCAGCAGCAGUGACAGCAGCAGCAGUAGUGAUAGCAGCAGCAGCAGCAGCAGCAGCAGUGACAGCGAGAGCGACAGCAGCAGCAAGAAGAAGACGAAGCAAAAGAAAUUACAUCUAAAGAAGAAAAGCAGAGGAGAGGUGUACGUACACCGCAGCAAAAUGGAACAGCAGCAGCAGCAGCAGCAGCAGCAACAGCAGCAGCAGCAGCAGCAACGGAGUGAAGGACGCGGAGGAGACCCAAGAAAUUUAAACAGAGAAGCAGACGAAGGAGGAGACAAACAAAGAAGAGACAGAGACAGAGGAGACAGAGACAGAGACAGAGACAGAGGAGACAGAGACAGAGACAGAGAUAAAGAACACAGAGACAGAUAUAAAGACAGUUAUAAACAAGACAGAGACAGAGACAGAGACAGAGGAGACAGAGACAGAGGAGACAGAGACAGAUAUAAAGAAAACACAGACAGAGACAGAGGAGACAGAGAGAGAGGAGACAGAGACGGAGACAGAUAUAAAGAAGACAGAGACAGAGACAGAGACAGAGAGAGAGGAGACAGAGACAGAGAGGGAGGAGACAGAGAGAGAGGAGACAGAGACAGAGACAGAGAGAGAGGAGACAGAGACAGAGACAGAGAGAGAGGAGACAGAGAUAGAGACAGAGAAAGAGAUAAAGAAGACAGAGACAGAUAUAAAGAAGAGAGAGCUGCAUCUUCGCUGCGUUUUGGGGGUUUACAAACCCUAAUUGGUGAGCCGCAGCAGCAGCAGCAGCAGCAGCAGCAGCAGCAGGAGAGCCCACUGCAGCAGCAGCAGCAGCAGCAGCAGAACGACGCUGCUGAAGGCUACAGUAACGCUGCAGCAGCAACAGCAGCAACAACAACAGAAACAGCAACACCUCCUGCUGCUGCUGCUGCUGCUGCUCCUCUUCUGUCUACGCCAGCAGCAACAUCACCAGCAGCAGCAGAAGCAGCAGCACCAGCAGCAGCAGCAGCAGCAGCAGAAGCAGAAGCAGCAGCAGCAGCAGCAGCAGCAGAAGGGGAGCCUUACUGGAUACGCAGCAGACAAACAAUAGUAAGAAGGGUUUUACGCUUGGGAUGCCUCAGCUUUCAUUUGGUGUUUGAUGCUGCACAGGGCAACCAAGACCUCCAUUACCUCCUCCAGGAGGGUUUGCUGUCUCGAGGAGAAAGAGUUUGUUUUAACUCGGGUUCAGCAGGUGUAUCUCAGUGUUUGGCGUAUGUACAAACCCCUAUUCCUUAUGCUUAUAUGCAUUUGCUGCUUGUGAUGACUUUCUUAACAAAUACUCUGCUAGCAGCAACAGCAGGCUUAGAAGCAGCAAGCACCUUAUGCAAGCUGCAGCAAGUUUGGGGUAGCCCUGACCCUGAAGCAGCAGCAGCAGCAGCAGCAGCAGCUGCAGCAGCAGCAGCAGCAGCAGCAGACACCGCCACGCCAUCGCGCGACCUGGCUGUGCCUCCAGCGGCAUCUGCACCAGCAGAAGCAGCAGCAGCAGCAGCUGCUGCUGCAGCAGCAGCAGCAGCAGCAACAGGAGCAGGCACCUGCUUAAACCCUCAAACCCUAAGACCUCGUAUCUGGGAAGCUGCUCAGGGCCUCUGUGUGCAUUUGCUGCUGCUGCUGGUGCUGCCUACGUUUUAUCACGGUGUUCUUGAUGCAGCACAAAGAAUUAACAACCCUUUCGCGGCUAAUUCUGUUAGCUUCCCCCGUCAGCUGUACGUGCAGCAGCUCGAAGCAGAGGGUCGCGCGUUUUGUGUUGCUGCUGCAGCAGCAAUGACCCCAGCAAGCAAACAGAAGCAGCAGCAGCAGCAGCAGCUACAGCAGCAGCAGCAGCGCGAGCAGCAAUGGGGUUUCAACCCCAGGCUCAUGCCUGAAGAAAUUGCUGCAGAGGCAGCAUCAGACUUUAUCGAACUGCAGCAGCUGCAGCAGCUGGAGCAGCAACUGCUGCUGCAGCUGCAGCAGCAGCAGCAGGGAGACAGCUACGCCUCAACAGAGACAGAGCCGCUGCUCACCAGCCCCGUGUGA